AUGCUAUCUAUCCUUGCUCACACGACCCAUCGCCUACAACCGUUGCACAGAUCGUUCUUCAAAUCAUUGAAAAGCUAUUAUAAUAAAGCCGCAUCUUCAUGGCUCCGCUCAAAUCCUGGUAGUGUCAUAAAACAAACCAACGUUGCAGAGUUGCUUGGAAAAGCAUACCCUAGGUCGGUUCGUAUGGAUAUAGCGCUAAAUGGUUUUGAAGCAACAGGGCUUUGGCUUUGUGAUAGAAAUGUCAUUAAAGAAGAGGAUUUCGUAGCUUCUUUAAACAUCUCUGAUUCAUCAAAUCAAGAACUUGGUGAUCAAACUGAACGAAACACCCGCUCGAGCUACAUCGCCAUCGAUUAA